AUGGGUGUCACAGGCCUGUGGCAGAUCCUGCAGCCCUGUGCGCGGCCCAUCAAGAUCGAGACGCUGAAUCGGAAACGACUGGCCGUGGAUGCCAGUAUCUGGAUCUACCAAUUCCUCAAAGCCGUGCGCGAUAAAGAAGGAAAUGCGCUACGUAACAGUCAUGUCGUUGGAUUCUUUCGGCGCAUCUGCAAAUUGCUCUUCUUCGGUAUCAAGCCAGUCUUCGUGUUCGAUGGCGGCGCGCCAGCGCUCAAGAGACAAACGAUACGAGCUCGCAAAGCGCGACGAGAAGGCAGGCGUGAAGAUGCCGCCCAGACGGCAGCCAAGAUCCUGGCCAAGCAGAUGCAGCAUGCCGCUGAAGCAGAAGAGGCGCGGCGAAAGGCGGAGCAAGAGCGCGGACAAGGCACAGCGCAGCAGGAGGAAGAGGUCGUGCCAGACGAGGGCUUGGUCUACGUCGACGAGUUGCAGAUGACCCAGCAAGAACGCCAGCAGAACCGUAAAUUCCGCAAGAAGGAUGCAUACCAUCUGCCAGACUUGGACGUGUCAGUGAGCGAAAUGGGCGGCCCAAAUGAUCCUCGUGUCAUGUCUCUCGAGGAACUGCAAGCCUACGCCAGACAGUUUGAUACAGGCGAAGAUAUCAACGUAUACGACUUCUCCAAGAUAGACUAUGAUAGUCCGUUCUUCAUGUCUCUUCCUGCGUCGGACCGUUACAACAUAUUGAAUGCUGCCAGGCUGCGCAGCCGUCUGCGUAUGGGCUACUCAAAGGAGCAGUUGGACACCAUGUUCCCAGAUCGCAUGGCUUUCUCUAGGUUCCAGAUUGAGCGUGUUGCCGAGCGCAAUGAGCUGACUCAGCGACUCAUGAAUCUCGAGAACUAUGAUGGCAUCGAGUUUGGAGGUGGUAGAAUAGCUGGCGAGAAAAGCAGAGAGUACGUCCUUGUCAAAAAUGACGGCGUUGAGGGCGGAUGGGCUCUUGGUGUGAUCAGUGACGAGGGCAAGGAGGAAAAGCCCAUCGAUCUCGAUCGGCCUGCACCACGAAUCAAGACUGAGGAUGAUGAUUGGGAAGAAGAUGACGAGUUCGAAGAUGUUCCUAUUGAAGGACUGAAUCGCUUACCGAAGCCGAAGCCACGGCAUCAGCAAAUGAUGGAUGAACUUUCAAAGCAGCGUCGAGCAGUCUAUCAAUCGAGGAGAGGCGGUGGGCGGCGCAGACCCAGACGCAAACCUGCGCAACCACGGAACGAGCUGUUUGUACAAAGUAGCAGUGAGGAAGAAGCUGAGGAAGCCGAUGCAUGGGAGGAGGUCGAUGCCAAGCUCUUCGGAGAGGACGAACAGCAGGGUUCUGAAGACGAAGAGCUGCAGAGAGCCAUUGCCAUGUCACUUGAGAAGAAUGGUGAUGAUGACCGCGUUCAGACCAAUGAAGCUGAUCAAGAGUCGGAAGACGAUGAUAUGCUAGAAGUGUUCAAGCAGACUGCCGCUGCUGAGGCUAGACCAAUUCCCAAAGGCAGUGGCAGAGACAUUGCAAGCAUUAUUAACAAACGUGCCUACAACACCGCUCCCGAGAGUAGAGAAGUCACCUCGUUCGGCGUACCUACACAGAAGUCGGACAGCAGCGACGAAGACGACAGCAUGGACUUCCAAGCUGCACUCGCCGAAAGCCGCAAGAAUAAGCGCAAGACUAGUCCGUCUCGCCCUCAGAAACCAGCUCCGCCACCUGCAAAAGAAGCGACUGCCAGCGACAUUGCCAAGAAAGCUGGCUUUAGUGGACCACUGCCAUUUGAGAAGCUAGACCUUGGAACUUCGCUGCUCGGAAAGAAGAAAAUGCAGGAACGGAAAGAAGAGGCGGCUGGUGGAUUUGAAAAUCCGGCUUUGGCCCACAAGGAAAAGAAAGCUGCUGGACCUCUUCCUCCUUGGUUUUCGGGUGAUGUAGAGAAGGAUAUGAAAGCUCAGCGGGAUCUUGAGCUUGAAGAUCGACAACGGGCAAGAGAAUUCAACAAGCAAUUCAUGUUCGAGGAGCGAGAUGCACCAACGAUAAGAAGGGGUGAUACCGGGGAAGUCAUUGAUCUUGAUGCUGAUGAGGAGGACGAGAUGAAUGUCCCGAAGCAAGGCGAAAUUAUCGAUCUUGACCCAUUGGACAAGGAUGCUGUUUCGAAUGACAAACAAGAUGUCAACAUGGGGAACAUGGCUGACGAGGUGCGAGCCGACCCUCCUCAAUUGGAGCAGACCGCAUCAAGCGCUUCAAACCCUCGAGAGUCUGCGGAUCUUGGGAAACGGCCAGCACCAAACCCAGCAAGCACCAAACAACCCCAAAAAGCGCCACCCACCGAGCGCGAAGAGUCAGACGAAGAGAUGAUCGAGUGGAGCGACAGCGAUCGCGAGGAACAUGAGAGUCUCAGACCUGCACCGUCUAGUAAUCUUGCUGCCGAACAGACUGAAAGUAAUCGGCCAAAAGGUAUCGAGGCUCAAGCUCGUUCACCAUCGGCAGAACCAGAGUUCGAAGACGUCAGCAUCCCUGAGACAUCUAAUGUAGAUGAUCUUGGCGACGCGGACGAAGAAGAUGAUGUGCCAUCUCAUCACACUUCGGGCCUGGUGGCUCAAGAGACGAUUCCCGAGGACGAAGACUUUGAUGACUUCUCCGAUCCGGAAGAAGCAGAAAUGCUGCGUAAUCUGACCAUCGAAGCGGAAGAGCAUGCCCGCUUCGCUAGCACUCUUAAUAACAAGUCUCAGGCUCAAAAUAUUGCCGACUACGAGAAAGAGCUCAAGCAGCUGCGCAAUCAACAGAAGAAAGACCGUCGUGACGCAGACGAGGUCACUCAAACCAUGAUUCAGGAAUGUCAAGCUCUUCUACGGCUCUUUGGCCUUCCAUACAUCACCGCACCGAUGGAAGCUGAAGCCCAAUGCGCCGAGCUUGUGCAUCUGGGACUUGUUGAUGGAAUCGUGACCGAUGACUCUGACUGCUUUCUCUUCGGUGGAACGAGAGUUUACAAGAACAUGUUCAACCAAGCAAAAUUCGUCGAAUGCUAUCUCACUUCAGACCUGGAGAAGGAAUUUGAUCUCACCAGAGAGAAGCUGAUAUCGAUUGCACAACUUUUGGGCUCGGACUAUACUGAAGGGCUUCAUGGCGUCGGAGCCGUCACUGCUUUGGAGAUUAUUUCCGAGUUUCCCGACCUUGAAGCCUUCAAGCAGUGGUGGACCGGCGUCCAAACGGCAGUCAUACCGAAAUCUGCGGAUCAGGAACAUCCCUUUCGACGAAAAUUCCGAAAGAAUGCAAAAAAGCUUUUCUUGCCCCCUUCGUUUCCGGACGCCCGUGUUGCGAUGGCUUAUUUGAAACCAGAGGUUGAUUCUAAUCCUGAAGCCUUCCAGUUCGGCGUUCCAGACCUCGACGCUCUACGAUCAUUCUUGAUGGCAACAAUCGGGUGGACGCAGGAGCGAACAGAUGAGGUUCUCGUGCCAGUCAUCAAGGACAUGAAUCGAAGAUUGGACGAGGGGACACAAUCCAACAUCACCGCUUUCUUCGAUGGCGGCGUAGGUAUCGGGGCCGCCGGAAGGAAUGAGAAAGGUGAAGCGUUCGCACCUAGGAAGAGAAAUCAAGCAAGCAAGAGGAUGGGAAAUGCGCUGGGAAAGAUGGCGCAGAGAGCGAAGGUGAAGAAGAGUGGAACAGUGCCCGAGGCGGACGACGAUGAGGCGGACAAGCCGGUCGCUGAGGGUGAUGCCGAUGCGCCGACAGCGCGAAGUGCAGCAGCCCAAGGCCAGAAGAGACGCAAAGCUAAGGCUCCGGAACAGACUGCUACAUCAGCAGACGACGAGAGCGACUUCGCCGAGCCGAGCAAGAAGAAGACGAAACGCAAGUCAAAGACCAGCGGUCGAAAGAGGGCUGCACAGGUUGAUGCUGAACAGAACGAGUAAACGAUGAACUGAUAGUAUGAGAAACGCCGGCCGCUGUGGACUCCGUGUCUGGGCGUCUUGCACCCAUGCUAAGUCCCAGCUCUUGAUGUCAUUUUUUCGAAUUUCCAGGACUACGUGAUCGGUGUCUGACCAUGCCAGCCAUGCGACCCGCCACAUGUAUCGACAGAGACCCAGCUUCGUUUUGAUCGAUUUGAGAUGUCGUCGGGAAUCUGACGUCGGAGCAGGGUGGCGUUGGAAGCACGUCGCAGGUGGUAGUUAGCGGGGGAAGCAAGGACGAGGAGAGCAGAAGAUGGGCGAUGGCGUGCUUUUCGGAGUUGUCGUUAACGUUGAUCAGUUUCUUGGCCUACAUGGAUGGAUCAUUGGUAUGGCAGCGCCGAUGAGGUGAGCAAGGCAAUUGCGGCAAUUCCUACAGAAGAGGUAAUUGCCGACACACGAUCUUUCUCCAAAUCAGCUCGAAGAUCGACAGAUAUUCUAACUUACAGGCAUUCAUUCAGUCCUGCGAUCAACACUU